UAGUGCUUCAUCACCAGCUGCCUUCAAACCCAGCAAGCCUGCAGCCAUGGCAUUCAACGGAACCUGGAAGGUCGACCGCAGCGACAACUAUGACAAGUUCAUGGAGCAAAUGGGUAUUAAUGUCAUGAAGCGCAAGCUGGCAGAGCACGACAACCUCAAGAUCACCAUCGAGCAGACGGGGGACAAGUUUCACAUCAAAGAGUCCAGCACCUUCCGCACCAAAGACAUCGACUUCACCCUGGGCGUCCCGUUCGACUACAGCCUUGCUGACGGCACAGAAGUCACAGGUACGUGGGAGCUGGAGGGUGACACGCUGAACGGAAAAUUUACAAGGAAAGACAACAACAAGGUCCUGACCACCACAAGAGCUCUGGUGGGAGGAGAGCUUGUACAGAGUUACAACUAUAAUGGAGUGGAUGCUAGGAGGAUUUUCAAGAAGCAGUAACCUGGAGUCUGAAGUUCACAUAUUAUUUUUACAUAGGUGACACAAUAUAGAUUUGUGUUUGUUUGUUUUGUUCUAACAAUGAGAUGAGUAGUUAAGUCAAGUGUAUUCUUAUGGGAUUCUGCUUCACAUGCCUCAAAAAUGUUGACAUUUUCCUGAGUUUUAAGAGAGGAAGAGUUGACCACAGCACUGCACUGCACUUAUCAGUGUAAAACAUCUGGAAAACUAAAUAGGUAAAACCCCAGAAACUGUCAAAUGAACAGGUAACACGGGUUCAGUCAAACAUGUUAUACAUUAACUUUACUUAACUACAUGCAGCUGGGCAGGCAGGUGAACAAAAUCAGAUAAUCAACUGAAAAACCGAAAUGUGUGAGAUAGGGGGACCACUAAAGGACAGAAAAAGAACCAAUAUCCCAGAAAUGGCUAAAAGUUUGGUCUUUCUUUAUCCAUAUUUUGAGACAUUUGUCUCUGAGAUUUAUAUUUCCUUUCGAAUACAAAAGAGGAGGCUGGAAUUUCAUUCGUGUUUCUUCCUGCAUUGAAAAAUUCAAUAGCAGCAUGUGUCUCCAGAAACAAGGUCCCUGUUCACGCUAAUCCAAAGAGAAUGUGUUGUCAACAGUUUUCAGAGGAACUACUUCAUUGCUAUAAUGUAGUUUCUGUGAAAACUGAAAAAUGCUCAUGUGUUUAUGGAUUAUCCAAGGUAACUGUUUCUAGAAAUGUAUGCUACUGGUGAAUUUUUUUAAAUGUCAUAUUUAAUGAUGUGAUUUAUUGUCAUUAGAAACAGCUAGAGAUAAACAAAACACUGUUUUGUUACAAUAUGGGCUAACUUACCCUUAAAUGUCUUCAGUAAUGAGCAUGAAAUACUGUAUAUUUCUUCAAACAGAUAGGAAAUAAAUUUGCACUAAAACUAACUAUAUAUAUUAUAUAGUUUGUAACAAUAAAGCAAGUUGUGUGUGUCCCUUAAGUCUAACAAUGAAUUAAAAUUUUUAACAAUAAUUUAUGGAUUGUACUAAAUGUGAGUGAAGUUUGAUGAAUAAAUGAUGAAAGU